UACGCGCUAUCGUUUUUCGCCGAGUCUCAUUUUCAGAAGAAGAAACUACUUUAGUGUUUGUCAAGGAUAUAAAGAGUCGAACUGAAAAUUGGUUUAUUUUUUUCAUACUUUCGAAUUAUUACAUACUUAUUAAAAAAAUCUGUUAAUUUUACUUAGGACAACAACAAAUUAUAAUUCGAUUCCUUAUAGGAUCAUCUUUAAUACAAAACCAAAUUUGAUUUUUAUUCCAUUCAUAUAAAGUGAUCAUCGGUUGCAUACUGUCUGAAAGGGUUAUUACUAAUUUUGUGCGCAGUGUUUGAAAUAAUUGAUAGUUCUAAAAUUGUAAUAGUGCAGAGACGGCUGAAAAUAGAAAGAGCAUGCAUGAAGAAGUAGAACAAUCAGCGAGCGAAUGCAUUUCAGAACUUGCCGAAGCAACGACAAAACAAAAAAAGGAGGACCCUUUUGACUUUCUUAUAGUGACCCAAUUCCCUCAAAAGACUUAUAAAUUCCAAUGGAUUAUUCGACAGUUUUCAACUUUAUCCGAAAGUAAGGAGCUGUACAGCACUGAUAUUCAAAUUUCAGAUAUCUCUUGUUUUCAACUCAAGUUGGUCAAAUAUGAAAACGGAUUUGGUUUGUUUCAUGUUAACAAAGUGCAGUCAAACGGCACAAAUGUAGUAAGAUCUAAGUCAUCGUCUAAUGUGUUUGGAACAUCAGAUUUUACAAUUGUAAAAUCGAGAAAACCAGAAGAAGCUCCGAGUGCAGAUGACUUCAUUCUCAAUCUGGUGUAUCAGGUAUCCGCUGUUGACAGUAGAGGAAAAGAACUAAUGAUAUGGUCAGUUUGUUUUCCGGAUGACAACCUAUCUACAAGUUACGAAAUUGGAGAAUAUAUAAAUAAUACCUUGAAAAAAUUUCCGGAUGAUUCAUUGAUACUCAACUGCAACCUUAAUGCCAAUUUAACGCCUGUGACGGAAAAAAUCAAAAUUUCUUCUAAACCAUCCCUGGAGUGCAAUAGCUGGAACAAACUUUCAAUGGAUUUAAAAGCUUUAUAUCAGGAUUCUCUGGAUACUGAUGUCACACUGAUAGUUGGAACUGACAAAAUUCGUGCUCAUAAAUUAAUCCUGACAGCUAGAUCGCCCAUUUUUAAAAAAAUAUUUCAUCACGAUAUGAAAGAAGCUGAACAGAAUUCUGUGAUCAUCACAGAUGUUCAAUUUUCGGCAUUGCAGAGGCUGGUCGAAUUUUUGUACGCUGGGAUCAUCCUGGAUGGCGAAAAAGACAUGAAUCUUCAGGAACUCUUUGACCUUUACUACGCAGCAGGUAAGUACGAAAUUAUUGACCUACGAGUGAUGGUGGGAAACUCACUCAUGAGCAGAACUAGAGUGGAUAAUGCGAGUGAAACAUUGGUUUGGGCAGAUCGCCAUAAUGACACCGAUCUGAAGUCCAGAUUAAUGAAUUUCAUUGGAAUCAAUUUUGAAGACGUGUACAAUACUGAUGCAUGGGAUUCUUGUGUUCGUCAUCACCCCAGACUAGCACUGGAAGUUAUCGAUUUUUGUCUCAAAAAGGCUUAAAACUGGUAAGAAAUUUCUGAAGAAAUGAUAUUCUUCUAAUCUUAAAUAAAUACGAAUUUCACUGUCUAAGUGAUAAAUUAAGUAUAUGGCAGUAACAAAUUGUAUUCAAUUUAUUCACCUAAGUUGAUUAAAUUAGUGCCAUUUGGAGACAAGAAGAUGAAAUUUUUUUUCGUCUAUAUAAUUUUUAUGAUUUGCUUCUAAAAUAAUCGUAAAUUAUUGGAGAAAUAGUUUUAAAAAAAG